AUGUCAAUAGAUUGUGAUGUGAUUUUUAGCGAGUUUGAAGGUCUGCAAUCGGAAGUUGGAGGUAUAGACGAAAGGAUGGCCCAAAAGUACCUUAAAAUGCUAUCUAGUGUUGCCUCAAACAACGAGAAUUAUGACAGCAUUACUUUCACUAAAACGCUCGCCAAGAUUCUUGAGUGCUCCCCACAAUCUGAAUUGCUAGACGAGUAUCUGUCACUGAGUAUCUUUCAAUCACUAAUGAAAGUCUGUCCAACUACUGACGAGGAUUUGGUGCUAAUCAGAUCACUGGCUACUAUUUUCUUGUACUUUCUUUCAGGUCCAUUUCAGGGCAGAAAAUCGACCUUUAUCUCAAUAAUGGACCACAUGUUAGCGGGUCCCUCUGUCUUGGAACUGAUUUGUCAUAAGCUAGCUGAAUCAGAUAUAACAUGUAUCUUACUCAUCGUUGGUAUACUUUCAAAAUUCUUACUACGUCUUUUUGAGAUGCAAAAUGAUGAGCUCCUGACCAGAUUCGUGGCAAAGCUAAUGGAACAAAACACGUUUUCAAGUCUAUGCAAGAUUCCAGUUGUAUAUGAGGACGAGUUGACACGGAAUCAAAAUUGGAAACACUUUAUGAAGAUUACGAAGCUCGUUCACACAUAUCUUUUGAACAGCACGAUUGACCCCGAUGAUAGCACGCACUCAAAGCUCAUAAGCAACGUUCAAAUAGCAGUAAUGCAUUUCAAUGAAGGACUUAGUUAUGAAGAGGUUUCUGAACAAGCACUUAACAGCCAGGAGAAUUUGGGUGAUGUUUCAAACUUGACCUUACUGUCGGCUGUUCAUGUCAUUUCCUUGUUUUCCAGUCCAGGUAUGGCUUUCAAAAAGCAGUUUACCGAGCACCAACUAUUCGAGAAUCGGAUGCCUCCAUGCUCUUUGUUUGAAUUAGCUAAAGGGAUCACCUCAGCAAUGGAGCCUGAUAAUAUCUCGCACGGCAGGCUUAUUAGUAUGCCAAUCCAAUUUAGUGAAGAGCUCUUUGAAGUACUCUUCCUGUGUUCUAUAAGGUUCUGGGAUUCAUCCAAAGCCGACGCAAAUGAUUUACCUGUAUUGCUUCAUCAUGUGACUCACCUAUUCGAUUACUUUCAUUAUCUGGUGAAAGUUACAAAAUUUGAAGAUGCAAUAUGUAGUCUUAGAAACAUUGACUACGAUACAUUCAAACCUAUUGAAAUGAAAAAGAUAGCAAAAGAUUGUCAAGAGUGGUGGCAGAAAAAUAGUGAUGACUACAACGGAAAAAUAUACGACGAGACAAUUGAAUUUGUCAAGGAUCAACAUUUAAUGAUGCUUUCGAAAGGGACCUGGGUCUUCUCAGAAAACCCAAUGAAUCCACACGGAAGUAGCAAAUCCUCAUCUUACUUCUUCAUUAUAUUGUCCACAAAUCACAAAGCGAUUCUUUAUAAAGAAUUUUCUAAGAAGCCAGACAAAAAACCUGAUAUUGAUAAGGAUGGAGCAAAGAUUGAAUUCAGUCAAAUUUCGGAUAUUACUUACCAGCCACUUACGAGAAUCAUCGAGAGCUCGAAUCUGAUUAGCAUUGACUCUCGAUUGCAGGUCAAUCGGAUAGACAUCAGAGUCAAAAGCAACGGACUGUUUUCGUUUUAUGUCAACACGAUCGAUGACUUGUAUAUCUGGUUGGAUGGUCUCCGGAUGCUGCUUUCAGACUCGACAAGACUAUCACAUGAUACGGAGCAACAGAUUAACUGGCUUUCGAGCAUAAGAAAACAAGCACAAUUCCUUGAGCUUGCAAUCGAAGGAAUUGAUCAGGUGGCUCAUGACAACAAUGCAUUCGUGAGCACCGAAGAACCAGACUUAUCAAAAGAUAUGAUUGACAUGAAUAGCAGGUUCUACUUCAAUUGA